AUGUCGAUUGUCGGUGUAUAUCGUUCGGUCCCGAGUCCGCAGUCCGACUUGUACCGUCACCCCCUGGCCCCAGCCUCAGAUCCUACUACCCUGCGUAACGCCAUCCAGGGUCAAAAUCAAGAAAGCAAAAUGAGCCUUUCGUCCGGCGCUCCAAUUUUUGCGCCCUCGGCCGCUACUCCUGUCAAAGACAACGCCGCUCCUGGUGCUGGUAACACCCAGGGCGAACCAAGCAGUGCAACGACUCUGCCGAAACCAGUAGAGAGUGGACAGUUCGCUUCACAGUGCUCAAGUUCCAAUGCACUUGAACGCACCGCGGUUCAAGAUGAGAAAGGCGGUAUUGUAUCCGAGCAGAAUCGACCUGCGGAGAGCUGGGACGCUCACAGCGCCAAUAUGAGUGCUUCGCAAGCUACACAAGCCGGCCAUGAGCAUGAAAACCAUGGCGAGGAUAAUGAUGAGGACCUUGGUGAAGAUUUUAGCAAUGGCGAAGAAGGAGAUGGUGGUCAGGGAAGAUCAGCCGGUGAUGGUGGGGAUAAUAGUAAAAAGACGAAACGAUUUCGCCUCACACAUAACCAAACUCGUUUCCUUAUGAGCGAAUUCACUCGACAGGCACAUCCAGAUGCGGCCCACCGCGAGCGACUAUCACGAGAAAUCCCUGGCCUUAGUCCUCGCCAAGUGCAGGUUUGGUUCCAGAAUAGACGAGCAAAGUUGAAACGCCUCACGAGUCAGGACAGAGAUAGAGUGCUGAAAUCGCGAGCGCUUCCUGAUCAUUUCGACAGGACGCAAAUGUUACAACACCCAUAUCAUUCCAGGCACUCAGCUAAUACAUCUCCGACAUCGCCUACAACAGCAAGAUCCUCGUUCAGUUCUGGACCUAAACCCUUAGCUAUGAACAGCAUAAAGCGCAAUCCCGGUGACGAAUACCCGGUUUCUCCUGCAUCAGCAUACGGCAAUUACGUGAAUUCACCUGGAAUUUCAGAACCGUUUUCGCCAACGAAUAAUACUGGCCAUCCGGCAACGUUACCACGGGUUCCGGGUGUACAUCCACCACAUUCUCAUGAAUAUAAUCGAUCUCAUAGCUUUUCAAGCUCGUAUGCGGGCUGGCAGUAUCCUCAGAGACUCCAUAUCCCCCCAUCGGAACCCGGUAUGAAGACGGAACAGAGCAUGAAUCCUCUUCACCGUUCGACUGCCUCAUAUCCGGGAUUGGCCGGCACCAUUCCAGAGGGAACGUACGACCGACAUUCGUCUCAAGCAAGUUCUGUAGAUCACGGAACGACUACUCAAUCAACUAGCCCUUUACCCCCGUCAAUGGCAUAUCAAGCAGGACAACCAUCGCAUACCAACGAACAAUAUCCACCAUCUACCGAGUCUGCCUACAACACCCCCGUCGGCUAUCGCCACGUUCUUUCGUUGCAGACCGGUCAGCUUCCUCCACCACAAGAGUACCAAGUCUCGCCAUUUACGCCAUCAUAUAAUUUCGAUUCUUUCUAUCAGCAAUAUACGCACGAAAAUUCUUCUACAGUCAGCUUGCCGGCUUCGUAUAUGCGUUCAUCACAGCAGAGUACUUAUGAGCCGGCGAGUGGAACAUAUUCAUACGAGAACCAGGAUAUGAGCCAUCGACUUUCAGCUACGCAGCCAGGAGGAACGAGGUAA